AUCAUCUUGUUAUCAACACGAGACUAUUCCAGUGUCUGAUAUAUUUUUUUUCAUAUAAAUAUUUAUAAAAAAAAUUUUUUAUGGAUUAUGAAUUUUAAUAAAAUUUGUAUACUUGUAUUUAUAUUUUUACCAUUUAUUGAUGCUACUGCAAUAUUAUUAGGACCCAAAGUAUAUGAAGCAAACCCAGAUGCUAAAAGACUUUACGAUGAUUUGUUAUCAAACUACAAUCGGCUUAUACGGCCCGUUAUUAAUAAUACGGAAACUCUUACUGUUUGGCUGGGGUUGAAGUUAUCGCAAUUAAUUGAAAUGAAUUUAAAAAAUCAAGUCAUGACUACUAAUGUAUGGGUAGAACAAAAAUGGUUUGAUUAUAAAUUACAAUGGGAUCCAAUGGAAUACGGUGGAGUUGAAAUGCUUUAUGUUCCUUCUGAAAAUAUUUGGCUGCCGGACAUUGUCCUGUACAAUAACGCCGAUGGAAAUUAUGAAGUAACUUUGAUGACAAAAGCGACAUUAAAAUACAACGGUGAAGUUUACUGGAAACCUCCAGCUAUUUAUAAGUCAUCCUGUGAAAUAAAUGUCGAGUACUUUCCAUUUGACGAGCAGUCAUGUCUAAUGAAAUUCGGUUCCUGGACUUACAAUGGUGCUCAGGUGGACUUGAAACAUAUGCAACAGCAACCAGGCAGCAAUUUAGUAGCAACCGGAAUAGACUUAAAUGAAUUUUAUCUAUCAGUAGAGUGGGACAUUCUUGAAGUACCAGCUUCGCGUAAUGAAGAAUAUUAUCCCUGCUGUGUUGAACCCUACUCAGAUAUAACAUUUAAUAUAACAAUGCGCAGAAAAACACUUUUUUAUACAGUUAAUCUUAUAAUACCAUGUGUAGGAAUAACUUUUUUGACAGUACUGGUAUUUUAUCUGCCAAGUGAUUCUGGAGAAAAGGUCUCAUUGUGUUCGUCUAUUUUGCUAUCGCUGACGGUAUUUUUCCUCUUACUAGCAGAAAUAAUUCCCCCGACGUCAUUGGCUAUACCUUUGCUUGGUAAAUAUUUACUAUUUACUAUGAUAUUGGUGACACUAUCAAUUUGGAUAACUGUUGUCGUGUUGAACGUUCACUUCCGAUCACCAACGACUCAUAAAAUGUCUAAUUGGGUGCGCCAACUAUUUCUCAAUUGGAUGCCUCGGAUUUUGAUGAUGCGCCGAACGCCUUACGCUACUCCAGAGUAUACUGACAUGUAUAUAGAGACUGGAUAUUCAAAUGACUACGACUACAGGUACGUAUACAUUAUAAUUAUAAUUAAUUACAAUAAUAAUUGUAAAUAUUAUUUAAGUUACGGUGAUAACGAGAGCGAAUAUACGACGGACAUGAAAGAAAAUCCGGACGAAAUGGACAGAGUUACGCUGGGCUACAAAAAUAUGGAGGACGAUGAUGGACAUCCUCAUGGUUCCAGUCAUGACAGUGACAAUAUGUUGCUGAAACAUUUGUCCCCAGACGUUAUUUCUGCACUGAAAGGUGUGCGGUUCAUAGCCCAGCAUAUCAGAGAUGCUGACAAAGACAACGAAGUAAUUGAAGACUGGAAAUAUGUCGCGAUGGUGCUGGACAGAUUUUUCCUGUGGAUAUUCACCCUCGCAUGUACGGGAGGUACAGCUGGAAUAAUAUUGCAGGCACCGAGUCUCUAUGAUACGCGGGUUGGUCUCGAUCAAAAUCGAUCGCCUGGUAUUCCCAUGCGCGGGGGCAAAGACAUGCGGACUGUUGGUAUCAGUGAUAUCGACAGUAUUUUACGUGAAAAACAAUAAUUAAGUUAAGAUACAGACAAAAUAUGCUCACUUAAAAUUAAUUACCAAUUACUUAUAACUAUUAAUAAUAAAUAAUUAUAAUAUUAAUAAAUAAAAAGUGUUAAAAUUCUU